AUGACAGACACUAACUUGAGGAACGAGAGCAACUAUGGGAUGUAUGGAGCUUUCAAUGGAUCCGUUUUAGAUCAGAUGUUUCCAAAUGACAGCAUCACAACGUGCAGAAACUUCACAAUGGACUCGCAGGUUGUCGGAGUGGGAAUCUUUCUCUCCGUUUUUAUUCUGGUGGCGAUUGUUGGGAACAUUCUGGUCAUCCUGUCCGUGGUCUGCAAUAAACAUUUACAGACCGUCACAAACUUCUUCAUCGUCAACUUGGCCAUGGCAGACCUGCUGUUGAGCAUCAUCGUGCUGCCUUUCUCUGCGUCUUUGGAGGUUCUGGGAUGCUGGGUGUUUGGACGGGUUUUCUGCAACAUCUGGGCAGCGGUGGAUGUGCUCUGCUGCACCGCAUCCAUCCUCAGCCUCUGCAUCAUCUCCAUCGACCGGUACAUUGGGGUAAAACACUGCCUUAAAUACCCCAGUAUCAUGACAGAGAGGAAAGCUGUUGCUAUUUUACUCCUGGUGUGGGUCUCUUCUACGGUCAUCUCCGUCGGACCGCUCCUGGGAUGGAAGGAACCGCCGCCGGUGGACGACAGCAUCUGCAGCAUCACGGAGGAGCCGGGCUAUGCGCUCUUCUCCUCUCUUUUCUCCUUCUACCUCCCGCUCAUGGUCAUCCUCAUCAUGUACUUUAGGGUAUACGUGGUGGCCCGCAGGACAACUAAGAGCCUGGAAGCGGGCGUCAAACGGGAGAGAGACAAGUCGGUGGAAGUGGUGCUCCGGAUACACUGUCGCAGCGUUCUGGAGGACGCGCGUCCGAGCAGCUCCAAGAGCAGCAAAAACAACCCGCUGCGAAGUUCGCUGUCAGUGCGGCUCAUGAAGUUCUCCAGGGAGAAAAAGGCUGCUAAAACCCUCGCCAUCGUCGUGGGGAUGUUCAUCCUAUGCUGGCUUCCCUUUUUCUUCUUUCUGCCAAUGGGUUCCUUCUUCCCAGCACUGAAACCAUCUGAAACCGUGUUCAAGGUGGUCUUUUGGCUGGGAUACUUCAACAGCUGCAUCAACCCCAUAAUCUACCCCUGCUCCAGCAAAGAGUUCCAGCGGGCUUUCACUCGACUCCUCAGGUGCCAGUGUCACCAAAAACGGAGGGUCCUGCGUCGCUUCUACGACCAGAGGUGGCGGUCGGCUGUCAAAGGAAUGGCAAGGGAUCAGAGGGGAGACUAUAAGCCUGGCUACAUUGUGCACGAAUCCUACGGCAGCUCUUUGUUACACAAGGGGAAAGGGCGCUCACUGGGUUUCAAGAGAUGGAGUCUGUUUCCACCGCUGCAGAAGUCCUCCUUCCAGCUCAAAGAGAAAGUGAACAAUCUGUCAAAUAAAAUCAAAGGAGGGACGGGGAAGGGUACCGCACCAGCAGUGGGCCGGAUAGAGACGGUCGACACGGUCUCUAUGGGGAUUUACAACUCUUGUGAGCAGAGCAGUUAUCAGUUCUAUGAUCUGGCAGAAUGCUAUGGCCUGAAAGAGACUGACAUUUAGAGAAUCUUUAAGUUAUUUAUAAAAGGGCCAUAUUGGACCAACAUGUGAGAAAGACUGUGAUAGGGCAUAAUUUUGUGCUCACGAAAUAUCUGCGAAUCAAAACUUGAUAAAAGCUGAGGACAGUGGUUUGAUCCCAGCACAAAGGAUGAAAACUUUAUCUCUGUCCCUUCAUCAUGUUUAUUUACAUGAAACUUCUUGUAAACUGCCUAAAGCCACAUUUCGGAAGUGGACACAACAGCAGCCAACUCCUUGGACUCACUUCUGUCGCUUGAAGGCACUGCAUCGAUGUUACACAGUAGACUGUGGCUUAUGUAAUGUCUUUUGGUAAGACAUUCAGCCUAAGCCAGGAUCGUUAUUAUUGUUAAAGUGUGUUUCUUUACAUUUUUUAAAAUCAGUCAUUAAUUAUUAGCCACUUGACACUGUCUAACAACGACUACCAAGAAAUGGUGAUGGCUUCAUUUGAUAUAUUGCUGAUUAAACAAACAAAAAAAAAAAAAAACAAGACAAAAGAAUAAAAAGUGAAACACAUGUAAGUGUUCAAAGAAAAAAAAAAAUGUCCUGAAGUUUUUGGAGAGAAAAGUCAUAAGUGCAAUUUUUAUUGUUUCCUCGAAUGUCCAGAUUUAAUAAAAAGUAAAAUGUCAGAAUGAACUAUGAUCAUUUAUUUGCUACUUUUUGUUUCGACAAGGCAUUGUAAAGAUAAGAGGCCAGAAAAGAGUAAAGAUGCUGCACAGUAUUUAUUCUGUUGAUUUCAUAAGUUAACCUGAAAUGUACACUUGAGUCUACUUGGCUCACCUAACUGUAAUUUUUACUGCCAAGUGACCGCUAAUGUGAAAUGAAUAUGCUCUUUUUUUGGUAUUCUUUCAAUGUUACGUUUGUUCAUGUCAGAUCAAAAGCAAAAUAAAAAGAAAAGAAAACUGUCA